GCGCUGCUUCAUAAAGAUUUCACGUUCUUCUAAGUUCCCAUGGCAUGGUUCGUCGCUUGAUAAAUUUAUUGAAAUUCGCUAUGAUUACAAGAAAAUGUUCACUAAGUUAUUAAUUUAACAACAGAUAAGCUUAUUAUGUUUUGUAAUAUAAUACCAUGUGAUAGUUAGUUAUCUUAUAGUUUAAGUGUGAAUAGUGAAACUGAAAUGGCUGCGAAAACUUCGGAAUGGCGACCCGGGCCCACUGUAUGCCGUUGUUGCCUUUCAGAAGGCUGUUAUAAGGACAUUUCUACGGAAUAUUUCUGGAUGGGGAAGCGCGAAGUGUAUUCCGAGAUGUUGUCAGACACUUUCGAUUUAUCUAUCUCGUACUCCAAGUCGGGCGGGCCCAACAGUGCGAGCCGGCUGAUCUGCGAGCCGUGCAUCGGCCGCCUGCGCGACGCGGCCGAGUUCAAGCGGCAGGUGCAGGAGUGCGAGAAGACCUUCGUGCAGUGCCUGGACCCCGUCACCGCCCUCGCUGACAUGCAAGUGACCCUCGAGCUGGAGAAGGAGGUGAAGGUGGAGAUGGUGAAGGAGGAGAAGAUGCGCCUGAGCGACGACGACGACUACGGCGCGCACGACUACGGCGACGACGACGACGACUACGACGACCUCGACGACCAACCGCUCACCAAGCUGGCGAGCAAAAUACCCAAAAAGGAAGACGUUGACGUGUUGGACUUACUAGACAACGCCAAAGUCACCGAGAAACGAAAGUCCAGCACCAAAGUCAAGGGCCAGCCGUCCAAGAAGUCCAAGUGCAAGCAAACCGCCGGCUCGAGCAAGCAACAGAAACCUGAGCCGAAGAAAAAGAAAGGGCCUACAAAGGAUAGCGAAGAACUCAAAGAGAAAGAAACAAAUCAAAAAAUGAGGUUGUUCGAAAGGUCCGUUAAGCAGAACCCUCUACGACAAAACGCUGUGAUGGUUCUAAAAUAUUCCACCGCUAUACCAUUUAAGACGCGUUUCAAUCGCAUCCUCUGUUCCUAUUGCUAUAUCGUAUUCGAAAACAUUGAAGCUUUGAGAGAUCAUAUGAAAACGAAACACGCGAAAGUCGAUCAUAAUAGCGCAUUUUAUAAAGUAGUGGAUGAUCUGAAAAUAGAUAUAAGUAACUUUAAAUGCAAAUUGUGUAUGCAAGAUGUCGAUAGUGUUGAGACAUUUAUGACUCACUUGUUACGAGACCACGGCAAGGCGGUCAACUUCGAAAUACCCUUUGGGGUGUUGCCGUACCGACAGAAUGAGGUCGGCGAAUGGUUGUGCCUGUACUGCAAGAAAAAGUUCGAAGGUUUCUCAGAAAUGAACGGCCAUUUGCGGAGCCACGCCACGAUAUUCACGUGCGACCAGUGCAGCGCCACCUUCCUGUCCUACCAUGGUCUCAAACAGCACGAGCGCGGCUUCCGGUGCGACAAAUCCGGAUACAAACCGCGGUACGGAUUGGCUGUGAGACAGAGGCGUAACACUGAAAUUAUCUUGCAGUGUUCCACAGCCUGGCCGUUUAGGACUUGGGGUCAGAAUUUUAACUGUUCUCUCUGUCGCGUGCAAGCGAACGAUCCUGACGGGCUCCGCGCUCACAUGGCGUGCCGGCACGCGAAUUUCGAUAUAAAGCUCGUUUUCAGCAGGAAACUACGCAAGGAAUACCUUAAACUGGAUCUCACCGACUUAAAAUGUAAACUCUGUUUCAUAGCUAUCGACUCUUUGGAGGACUUGUUGUCCCAUUUGAAAGAUAUCCACAAACAGCCGAUAGAUGACGACGUGGAACUCUCCGGUGUUAUGCCGUUCAAAUUGAGAGACGGAUCCACUUGGCAUUGCGCUAUAUGUAAAAGCCAGUUCUCUGAUUUCUCAGCCCUGAAUAAGCACACAGUGGAACACUUCCAGAAGUACGUAUGCGACACCUGCGGCGAAGGCUUCAUCACCGAGGCGGCUUUGAGAGCGCACGCGAAAAUACCUCACGACAACAAACACAGCUGCCGUAGAUGUAAAGCGACGUUCCAGACCUUAGAAGAGAGGACCGUGCAUAUGAAAACCCAGCAUCCGAUGCCGUAUUUGUGCGCGUAUUGCAAAGAGAGGCCGUUGCCAAGAUUCGCGACUUGGGAGUUGAGAAGACGUCAUCUGAUAGAGGUGCACAAUUUGAGGCCUGGAGCAGAAAUGUACGAGUGCACUACGUGUCACAUGACUUUCAAGUCUCGCUCCCAGAAGUACCACCACAAUGUGAGGGUGCAUCGAACCAAGAAGGAAACAGAAUCUGCCUUCUCGUGCGAACACUGCGCUAGGGGGUUCGCAACUAAACUAUCCCUUGACAAACAUAUAGCCAAGAAACAUUUUCAUGUUUGAUAUUACGGGAUUCGAAUUGUCAGGCCAACUAAAAAUACACUAUUGGGAUUUUUCUGACAAGAAACAUCUUAAUAGCAGCCUGGAGUUGGAAAGUUAGCGGUGUUGGUACCUGUGCCUGAUCUCUCAUCGGUUGUGUCGAUCUAUCAUCCCAUCGGACUGUGGUUGAAAAAUUCGGUCGGGAGCAAUAUUAUUACGCCUUUAACUCCUAUGCAUUUUCUAUUUCUUAUAUACAGAUAUAAGAUCCUUUUGAUAAGAUCUUUAGUAAGUUUUUAUACUAUUAAGUCUAAGUUUGACUUUUAACAGACGAUAUGACGUCAUCAAGGAGUAUCUAUCUAGACAUAUAUUAUUUUUAUCUAGCGCCUUACUGUGUAUGUAUUGUCAAUAUGGAUGAAAGUUGUUUACAGUGCGAUGUCGCGUGUUUCUCUUCAUAGACACUACCCUAGUGUAAGGCCUCAUUAUUGCGUUGCGUGAACGUAUCAACGCAUUGUAUGCGACGUCGCAGCACGCCCAAACCUAAUCAGUCCCAACAAUACAUACAAAACAAACGAGCACUGCCAGAAGUCCGUAUCGUCGAUGGCGACGUCGCAACUGUGGCGUGGCACGUAAUUUAAAUUAUAUGGAAAACGAUGCAGGGCAGAUGCUGCGAUAACGCAACGAUAAAUGGGGCAUCGCUCUAAGAAUGUAUUGAGGUUCCACGUGAAAAUAUUUAUUCAUACCAUUACCAGCCGUCCAUCGAAGCAUGCCUCAGACAUCACUGCCAAACGCAUACUAUAAUAGAUUCUAGAGAUUACUAGGAUAGUCUAGUUUUUGAAUCGAUCUUUAGAUCGAUUUUUAAAAUAUCGAUAGAUUCUAUUGAUGAUGUUGCAAUUAUUUUGUAUACUUUUUUUUUAAUAAGGAAUUUAAGCUAACUUAUCCUAAUAACUAUACAAAUCAUGCCCACGUGGAAUGGUGGCAAGAAUACUGGCUGCAUUUCCACGCUGGACAGCCAGGCUGAUCCUUUGCGUAAAAAAUGAGCCAGCCCUUCUGUCACCAGUCGAGGCAAUGAUUCGGUGAAAUUUUUUGGCACUGCGACUCCAUGGCCCAAGAGUCUCCACGGCAUAAGGAAGCAAAUGUAACUCUCAGUCAGGCAUACCUUGUGCCAUUUACCGGUUACAGCUUUUUCUGCUUUUUAUACUUCCUACUACUCGUAAAUAUUAUAAACGCGAAAGUCUAUAUGGAUGUUUGUUACUCUUUAACGCCGCAACUACUGAACCGAUUUGGCUGAAGUUUGAAAAUGGUAAUAGAUUUUACAUUGGAUGAACACAUAGGCUACUUAUCAGCCCGAAAAAAUCCAUGGUUCCCAAGGGAUUUGUGAAAAACUAAAUUUCACGCGGACGAAUUCCGCUAGUUUUGAUUUCAUUAAUCCUCCAUAGCUCAGUGGUAAAGCGGGUACUCAUCACCGAGGGGUGGUGGUGGAAAAAAUUGGAAAAAAAAUUCUAAACUUGGUCACCCUAGAUUUUUGGAAAACUAUCCAAGUUAGUUUUAGAUGAUUUGGUGGUGUAUCUACCAUUUGCGUUUUAUCCAUUAAUUACGGGACACCCUGUAUAUUGCAGAGGUGGGACAAGGUAUUAGGGUCUUCGAGCCCCGAAUAACAUCCCGACCACUCUUUGAUUAUAAUCUCAAGACAUUAAAAUUUUGUGUUAUUUUUUCUGUUUACUGUACACUUUUCAACUCCAAAGUUCUUCCUGCCCCGCCACUGAGUAGGUAUAUCUAAUUUUACCCAUUUCCAGUUCCAUUAUUAAUGGUAACACAAUACUUAAAAACGAAAACAUUAAAAGUAUUGUAUCAAGUACCUCCUAAUUUUUCCAUGCCUGAUGACUCUUUGAUAUUUUUGUUUAUACUUCUCUACUAUUAAUGUAUGUGAGAUUUUCAUAUACCAAUACAAAGCCACGUAAUUUGUGAGUACCUUAGGCUACAUUUUAUUUACCACGUUGAACUAUGACUAUGUGCGAUUAAAAUAUCGAAUAAAUCGUUCUAGAUAUCUAGAUUUAUGCAUCCUUAUUAAUAACUAGCGGACGCCCGCGACUUCGUCCGCCCUUAGACCUCUUAAUCCAGCCCUUACAGUAGUCUCGUUGUAAAAAUGGAGUAACGUCUCCCGUUUUUUCAAAAUUUCCUUUUACUGCUCUGCUCCUAUCGAUCGUAGCGUGAUGAAAAGUAUACUAUGUGGUUCGAUGGUUCGAUCCCGUCCCGUUGGUCUAUUGUCGUACCUACCCACUCCUAAUACAGUCUUUCCGGACUAGUUGGAGGAAAAUUAGUCUUAUUUAAACGAUAUGAGAAAUAUUCUUUUAAAAACUAACUAUAACCUGCCCAGGAGUAUGAAGAACAAUUGUACCAACUUUCGUUGAAAUCGGUCGAGUAUUUUCUAUAACGAACAUACAGACAGACAGACGAAAAUUUUACUGAUUGCAUUUUUGGCAUCAGUAUCGAUCACUAAUCACCCCCUGAUAGUUAUUUUGGAAAUAUAUUUCAUGUACAGAAUUGACCUCUACAGAUUUAUUAUAAGUAUAGAUUUAAACGGUUUCUGCAUUUAGCAUGAUUAAAAUGUAGGCACAUAUAGACUACUCAUGUAAAGGUUAGAUAUAUGAACGUUAUAGACAAUAGACAUGCUCAAACAAAGCCUAUAUCAUUAUAAAAUAAAGCUAAUAUGCACAACUAUUAUUGCACAUAUUCAAAUAUAAUUUAAUAUCUAAAACAAGCCCGAACUGAAGUAUUAUCUCUCAGAGAUCACUUUUAUCUAAGGUUAUUUGUAUAUAAUAUGUAACGCGUACAUAAAUAUAAUAGACACGCUGAAAAUGAUGUAUCCUCUUAGAUUUAAAGUAUUUCUAUACAAUUUAAACGCAUAGUAAAAGCAUCUAGUUACAUAAUGUAGUUAUAAUGUUAUAAAAUAAAACUUUUUGAACUA